CCUGGAUUUUAUUUCCUGAUCCUGUGUGUAUAAAUAUGAUACUUCUUUCAGUAAAUAUGCGAAUGUUAUGGUACACAGGCUCUGUGUCAGCUUGAUCAUUCUCCCUAGAUAUUGAUAGCAUUCAGGAUUCAGAUAGUCUACCUGAAAAUUAAUCUAACACUUAACACUUGUACACAUUUGAAAUAUUAUAAAAUCUUCCUCUGAGAUUCUGAAGGCAACAGCUUGAAAACCAAGGUUCAUCAUGGCAAUGCUGAGAAGUUUUCUGCUUCUUUUCAUCAUCUUUUCCAUGGGGAAUGCACAAGCUGACCUUGAUUGCCCUGAUGGAUGGGCAAUUUAUGGGUUCCGAUGCUACAAAUACAUCUCUCAGCCGGCUAACUGGAUCAGAGCAGAGAGAAACUGUCAAAGUCUUGGUGCGAAUCUCGCAUCUGUGCGUAAUAAACUGGAAAAUAAUUUCCUGCUGAGUCUGUUGCCUACUCCUUCCACACGUUCUUGGGUUGGUGCUCAUGAUGGUGUACAAGACGGACAGUGGUUGUGGAGUGAUGGAACUGUGUUCGGCUACACCAACUGGUGCACUGGAGAACCUAACAACAACCAACAGCCAGAAAACUGUUUGGAGAUAAACUUUUCCACUGACCGUUGCUGGAAUGAUGCACGCUGUUCAGACUCAAUGAGCUUUAUUUGUGCUAAGGACCUGUGAGAUCAUAUGAAGUCAUCCUGCUCCACAGUUACUUUGAUUGAACUACAUUUACUUUUCCUGAUCUUAUCUUUACAAAAAUGUUAUUCUGAAAGAAAACCUCUUCUAAACUUUAAUCUCUUCUUAAUAUCUUGAAAAAUUUCUCAAAUUAAUAAAAGCAUUGACAAAUCAUGUGCAUUGUGGACAAUCAAAUUCAUGUAUAUAAAAGUACAAGUAUAUUGUGUAGCACGGUUUGAGGUUAUUAGAAAGGCAUUACAGUUUUUUUCAAUUGCUUACAUACUUUUGUCCAAUCUUUA